CAAAACCAGAAGAGCCCAAACCAGCUGAAGCUGUGACAGGGAACGAUAUCACGGCACCUCCCAACAAAGAGCUGCCUCCCAGCCCUGAGAAGAAGACAAAGCCUGCCGCAUCCACAUCAUCUACAAAGCCUGCAGCAACGAAAGCCAGGCCCCUGUCCGCUACCAGCCCCAAGCCUGGCUCAAACAAAAAACCCACCAGCCCUACUUCAGGUCCUCCUCCAACCACUACCACUAAGCGCCCGGCCACCAGCACUACACGGCCCUCCACCCUAACUCCAAAAGAGCCUAAACCAAAGGUUGCAGAUGCGAAGACCACCGAGAAGCGGACCUCGCUUUCAAAGCCUCCAUCCUCUACCGCUCCUCGAGCUACUACCAAGAGCACCCCUACUACUCCUAAGACGACAGCGACAUCGCCGGUCACUGCGACCGCCGCUGCGAAAAAUACUGCUGCUUCUCCUCCGAAGAGGCCAACAUCCAUCAAGACCGACGCAAAACCUGCCGACGCCAAGAAGACCUCUGCGAAGUCACCGUCUUCAGACGUGAGCCGCCCUAAGAGCGCUACCGGGAACGCGGUGAAGAGCAGCGCCACUACCCCUUCUACCACCGCCUCCAGCACGACGACUGUACCCGGAGCGGCUAACCGUCGUCCCCAAAACAAGACCACUGCAACCAAGCCCACCACCACCUCGACCCUGGUGACAGAUGCUAAAAAGACAACUGCGAAGGCUUCGACUAAACCCAGCACCGCUUCCAAGCCACCUCGCCCCACCAGCAGCGUUUCCGCUCCAGACCUGAAAAACGUGCGUUCCAAAAUCGGAUCGACGGAUAAUAUUAAACAUCAGCCCGGCGGAGGAAAGGGGAAAAUAGAGAAAAAGCCCGAAUCAGCCGCUGCCGCGCCAAAGUCUGAACCCAGUGCAGUCUCUAAACUGGCUACUGCUAAAACAACCGUAUCAAAAGAGGGGGCCCCAAAACAGCCCAAUGGGAAAGUCCAGAUAGUCUCCAAAAAAGCGAACUACAGCCAUGUUCAGUCCAAGUGUGGUUCCAAGGACAAUAUUAAGCAUGUCCCUGGAGGUGGGAAUGUGCAGAUCCAGAACAAGAAAGUCGACCUUUCCAAAGUGUCCUCCAAGUGUGGCUCUAAAGCAAAUAUCAAGCAUAAGCCAGGGGGAGGAGAUGUCAAAAUCGAGAACCAGAAGCUGAAUUUCAAGGAGAAGGCUCAAGCCAAAGUGGGUUCUCUGGACAACGUGGGACACUUGCCGGCAGGAGGGACCGUGAAG